AUGUCUGUCAGGGUGUUCAAGAAGGCAAGUCCAAACGGGAAGUUAACUGUGUACCUUGGUAAGAGGGAUUUCGUUGACCACGUGGAUCUUGUGGAGCCUGUGGAUGGUGUGGUUUUAAUUGAUCCAGAGUACUUAAAAGAGAGAAAAGUUUUUGUGACACUGACGUGUGCCUUCCGCUAUGGAAGAGAGGACUUGGACGUUCUUGGCUUGACGUUUCGCAAAGACCUCUUUGUGGCCAACAUCCAGGCAUUUCCUCCUGUGCCUGAAGAGAAAAAGAGCUUGACACGUCUACAAGAGCGACUGAUAAAGAAACUUGGAGAACAUGCUUACCCCUUCACCUUCGAGAUUACGCCGAAUUUACCCUGUUCUGUCACGUUACAACCAGGGCCAGAGGAUACAGGAAAGGCCUGCGGGGUUGACUUUGAAGUGAAAGCUUUCUGUGCAGAAAAUGUUGAAGAAAAAAUCCACAAAAGGAAUUCAGUGCGUCUUGUCAUCAGAAAAGUGCAGUAUGCCCCAGAGAAGCCGGGCCCACAGCCAAUGGCUGAAACCACAAGGCAGUUUCUCAUGUCAGACAAGCCUUUACACCUGGAGGCCUCGCUUGACAAAGAGAUUUACUAUCAUGGUGAACCAAUCAGUGUCAACGUCCAUGUCACGAACAACACAAACAAGACAGUAAAAAAAAUCAAGAUUUCAGUGCGUCAAUAUGCUGAUAUCUGCCUCUUCAACACUGCCCAGUACAAGUGUCCAGUGGCGACAGAGGAAUCAGAUGAUAUCGUGGCCCCCAGUGCGACAUUUUGUAAAGUAUACACUCUCACGCCUUACCUCGUGAAUAACCGAGAGAAACGUGGCUUGGCUCUGGAUGGCAAACUCAAACAUGAAGACACAAAUUUAGCCUCAAGUACAUUGUUAAGAGAGGGGGCCAAUAAGGAAAUUCUGGGCAUCAUUGUUUCUUAUAAGGUGAAAGUGAAGCUGGUGGUGUCUCGCGGAGGGCUGCUUGGAGAUCUUGCCUCAAGGUACUGUGAUCUUUCUGUUUAUUCCUACCAGAAAUGA